CUCUAAGUUAGACCAGACCACCAUAAGACGCACGUCUCUCUUGCCAUCGCUCCCGAUAGUCUCUCCAACACGUCGAUUCUUUCUCCUCGCAACAUCAACAAUCUCUUUGCAUUUCCUCCUCCGACCGUCUUUCUGCUUUUUGCAGAGGCAUAAAAGAAGAUUUGUAUAUGGACAUCUGAAACUAGUCGGGCUUAAGUUUAUAUACCAGCUAUUUGGUGACAAACGAAUCCCAUACCCGUGUCAAAGAUCCCAUGGCUAAGAGAGGAAAUACGAAAAAGGGACCAAAGACACAAUCUAUAUCUCGUAACUCAAUCACAUUGAGAGAAGAAACCAGUGGCAAGAAGCAACAAAUCAAAGGAGGACUUGGCACACACAAAUCCAAGUCCCUAUUAAAGAUUGAUCACUUGCGAAGCCUUGCAGUGUGGGCCAGCAGUGAGGGCGCUAUACCUUCUUUGGGUGCUCUUUUUGGGUACCAGUUUGCUGCUGCUGGAGAGGCACUUGGGGCACUGCCCGAUCCUUCCCUGUUCUCUUGCCAAAGAUGUGAGUCAAUUCUUCAGCCUGGCUUUAAUUGCUCUGUUCGAGUUGAAACGAAUCAAGACAAGAAGCACCGUAGGGCCAAGAAACCGGGGACAAUGACCCAGAACAGUGUGGUUUAUGCAUGCCACUUUUGUUCACAUCGGAAUCUGAAGAGGGGGACUCCAAAAGGACAUAUGAAAGAGAUAUGCCCUCCCACACCCAAACGGUGUUUAGAAUCAAAACCCGUCAAGUCUGUGCUUCAGAAGCAUGCUAGCUCAGAGGAAGCACUGGAGGAAGACAAAUACCAAUUCCCGAUAGACCAGUUAGACAAAACAGAUGAGAUAGCUUUACCCAAAAUAGCUUCAAAUGAUAAUCCAGCUACUCCUUCAGUAAGAACUGGAAUUAGUUUGUUGUAUGAAAAGCGAAGAAAAAGAAGCAGAUCAGGACUUAAACCACCUGCUGAAUCUGGAAGCAUUUCUACCAUGACAAAUACAGAAAAUACAAGUGCAUCGGGUAAACGGAAGAGAAAGGCUUGGACAAGCCUUAAAGAAAUUGCUGAGCAAGGUAGCAAUCAAAAGUCUAACAUUGCAAUCCCUUUUGUUCUAUGAAGGGUUGGUAAGUUAUGAGUUUGGAAGUUUUGAUAAUCGAAGAAUAGUUGUUUUUUUCCCCUUCCCUUGUGUUAGUCGAUUGUGAAGUUUUAUGUGCUCCAGCCAUUCCAGCAGUUCAAUAGAUUUAUAAAUCCAUUUGAAUUUCCCCCUUGUUUUUUGGCUUGGGAUAUACUGGGAGAAAAGAAAAACAAGCCCUUAUUUUCUACCAGAAUUUUUAUCGUAAUAAA